AUGGUUGCAUAUGGAGUUACAGCAGAUUUUAUUGAUGAAUACAUACUAAUUGGUGAAAUCAAUGCAAUUGAGAGUUUCAAAAGAUUUGUUAAGGUUGUGGUUUCAAUUUUUUCAAAUAAAUACAUGAGAAUACCAAACAAAGAAGAUGUUGCCAGAUUGCUAAAAGAAGGCGAAAAACAUGGGUAUUUUGGAAUGUUGGAGAGCAUUGAAUAUAUGCACUGGAAAUGGAAAAACCGUCCAGUAGCAUGGAAAGGUCGUGCUUCCCUAGCCAACUACUCAAUCAAUGGUCAUAACUAUACAAUGAGAUACUACCUUGCUGAUAGUAUGAUUAUUGGCUAUCUUGCUGGUUUUGAUUCUUGGCUUGAUUUGUGGUGGCUGAUUUUUGCUCCUUGGCUUGAUUAG